ACUUGCAAAGGCGGCGGUAAUGCGACCAAAGGGAAGCGAGCCGCCGUUAAACAAGCAGAAGUAGAAGAAGCAGGAAACCGGAAGCGUCCUGCAGGAAACCGGAAGCGUCCUGCUGUCGAUAGCUACAGCUUCGUUUGUGUCAUCGUCUCAUCGCCUUGGGGUCUGACAACAUAACAACAGCUUGAUUUCGUGUCCAGCCACGAAUCCCUCUGGUCACCGGAGCGUCUGGAGAGAUGAACAACAACGGGAACAAGAGAGCUCCAACUACAGCCACGCAGCGCCUGAAGCAGGACUACCUCCGGAUAAAGAAAGACCCGGUGCCUUACAUCUGUGCAGAGCCGCUCCCUUCCAACAUCCUCGAGUGGCACUAUGUCGUCCGAGGUCCUGAGAAAACUCCAUAUGAAGGGGGAUAUUAUCACGGGAAACUCAUAUUUCCUCGUGAAUUUCCUUUUAAACCACCAAGCAUCUAUAUGAUAACACCAAACGGGAGAUUUAAGUGCAAUACAAGGUUAUGUUUGUCCAUCACAGACUUCCACCCAGACACGUGGAACCCGGCGUGGUCCGUCUCCACCAUCCUCACAGGUCUGCUGAGCUUCAUGGUGGAGAAAGGCCCCACCCUCGGCAGCAUCGAGACCUCCGACUAUACAAAGAGACAGCUGUCAGCCCAAAGCCUGGCCUUCAACCUGAAGGAUAAAGUGUUCUGUGAGCUGUUUCCUGACGUAGUCGACGAGAUGAAGCAGAAACAGAAGGCCCAGGAGGAGUUGAGCGCCCGCUCUCAGCCCCUCCCCUUACCCGAUGUGGUUCCUGAUGGGGACCCUCAGCACGCCCACUACGGGCUCCCCGCCCUUAACGGAGGCCCCGCCCCCUUGGGGGGCGUUAACCCCGCCCCCGGCUUGCAGCAGGCCAAUCGCAACCACGGACUUUUAGGGGGGGCUCUCGCCAACCUGUUUGUGAUUGUGGGCUUCGCAGCAUUCGCCUACACAGUCAAGUAUGUGCUGAGGAGCAUAGCCCAGGAGUGAGAGGACGCAGCUCCCCCCUGCAGCUCCAACAUCUCUCAUAAGCGCCUCAGUGGGUCCUUCUCUCAGCAGGCGUCUCCCUCUAGUGUUGACUCGCCUCCAUCAGACCCCAGAGACUCCAGCUGGGAGAGCAGAAAAGAUGUUGUGCAUUAGAACGGUCUUCAACUUAAUUUGAGUCACGUUUUUGACGAGCAUUCAUGCACAGAACGCUCUUUUGUAUUUGUCAGUCUUGUUUCCCUCGAGGUGUCGGGUGACACAGCUGAAGAACCGGUGCCUCCACCUUCUCUCUCUGGGUGGAGGUGCAGCGCUUACAUGUUUCCUUAGUAAUGUGUUGCCCUCCAGAUGAAAUGGAACCCUUCAUCUCACAGAUGAAGGGUUCACAGCGACCUGGAAGGCGCUCCUCCCUCACCACCCAAGAAUGAGUGGCACCUCAGAAGAGCUGAGUCCAUGUUGAAGGGUAACAGGACGCUGGAUGACCCCAUGUGACCCGUGAAAGGAAUAAGAAAACAAGUCCCAAACCAGUUCACAACAAUGUUAUCGUACUAAAACUUCACCCACUAUAUCCCAUGAUGCACCAGACCAGCCAAGCAGUCGCCCUGCGAGUGUAUUUAUCUCUCUCUUUAUCUCAGAAGAUAAGAAGCAUUCUGUGGAUGUGAUUGGUGGUCAAAGUCUGACGUCCAGAUGUUCCCUCCGGUCAACCCACGAGCCAACCAGUGAACCCAGUAAAUAGAGACCAGUAUCUCCUUGUAAUUGGCUUAGCUGACCAGUAUAGCACCAAACUAUAAAGGUCCAUAUGAAGAGAACCGCCAUUUGUUUCUGUAUAUUUUCUUUUUGAUAAUUUUUUGGUUGUUUUCGUUCUCUUAUUUAUAGAAACUGCCUCAACUUCUGUCACAGUUCUAAUGGCAACACGCCAGCGCGCAUAUUUAAUGAUGACUUGUGCAAUUACGUGAUGUUCCUGUCAACUGUAUGUUCAACAGGAAAGAAACGGUCGGAAGCAGAGAUUUGCAUAUUUGUUCUUCUUUGGUACCAUCUUGAAACGGACAGAUGACGAUGAUGAUGCAUUUGUGUGUGAUUAUUCUGCAGAUUCCCAGAUUCAGUUAAUCUUGUGUGACGUAUGUUUUCAUAGUAAAUGCAAAUAAAUUCCUGCUUGUCAGGACAUUUUAGAAAACCUC